AUGGAACUUGACCGAGCUGUAAUGGAUGAUGUAGAAAAAUUUGUUCGAGCAAACCCGAAUGUUCAACCUCCUCCACCCCCUCCUAUUCCUCAACCAGUCCCCGUAGCUCCACAAGGUGUUGACUUGGUAAGAUUGAGUAAACCUCCAGUUGAUAAAAUUCGGAAGCAAGGGGCCGAGGAUUUUAGGGCAAAUAUAGAUGAUGAUCCAGAAAAAGCAGAGUUUUGGCUUGAAAACUCUAUUCGGGUUUUUGAUGAACUAUCUUGUACUCCUGACGAAUGCCUGAAAUGUGCUAUAUCUUUACUGAAGGAUUCAGCAUACUGUUGGUGGAAAACACUAGUAUCUGUGGUUUCGAAAGAAAGAGUUACAUGGGAUUUCUUCCAGGAAGAAUUCAGAAAGAAGUACAUAACCCAAAGGUUUAUUGAUAAAAAAUGCAAGGAGUUUCUCAAAUUGAAGCAGGGUCGAAUGUCUGUGGUAGAAUAUGAAAGGGAGUUUGUCAGGCUCAGCAAAUAUGCCCAGGAAUGUGUGUCCACGGAAGCCAUCAUGUGCAAAAGAUUUGAAGAGGGGUUAAACAAAGAUAUCAGAUUGUAUGUUGGGAUUUUAGAGUUGAAAGAAUUUGUAGUACUAGUUGAUCGAGCUUGCAAGGCUAAAGAACUGAGUAAAGAGAAGAGAAAAGCAAAGAUUGAAGCUCGAGAUGUAAGAAAAAGGUCAAUGAGGAAGAAAUUUCAAUCCCAAUCAAAGAAGCUUAAAGAGAUGAAUCAAUGA